UAGAAUUUCAAAGUCAAUGUGAUAGGUGUCAACUUCCAACCACUAAUAUUUUUCCCACUGAAAAAGGGAUCCACCACUUUCAGCUGUAAGAUUGGUACAAACAAUCAUAAUGCCAGUUGUUCUCUAGCAGAAAUUUUUGGUAUCAUAUUUUCCCACACCUAACAUUACCCACUUCAUCUACUUUUUGAAUUGGUCAAUUAUGCCUCCUCAUUAUUUAUUUUAGAAAUUUUUUCCAUACCCAAGAAUUGUCCAUAUUAAUUUUUUGUACCUUGUGUGAUUUUAAUCAGACAAACAAUUUUUUUUAUAUCAUAUAAAAAAAUGUCACUCUAUUGCAAAAUAUUUUCUAUCCAAUAUGAGUUUUAUUGUUUGUAUGAAAAGAAAAUAAAUUACAAAUAUCUUUUUUAUUAGUAUUUUAUUUGUUUCUUAUCUAGAGAUUAUACGAUGAAUUAGUAAUAUUUACACCUACACCGUUCUAAGUUUUAAAGAUUCUUUGAGCUUUAAAAUGUAUUUAUAAGGUUAUGGAAAUUAUAUAUAUAAAAUACACGGAAAAUUUGGGCUUGAUGAUGAGGCACGGUGCAGAACGACGUCGUCUUGAGAGGAGAAAGAGAUAUAAGGGAAAGGAAUCUGGAAACUCCCGCCAAAAAGCGCGAGAGAAUGGGAAAGGGUGAAAGCAGCAACACGAAGGCCACAAUCAUCUCGGCAUCCUCCUUCCUCAGAUCUGUGACUUUGCACGACUGGUGGCUGCUUAAGACAAACGCCAACCGCUUGGCCGUUGGAGGCUUCGCUACUCGAGAGAGACAAGGAAUAAGAGUUUUCAGCUCUGGAGCAAUUGCCAAGAGGCAUGAUGCCACCACUCUUGAAACAGCAGAUGGCAUAACUAUUACCAUUGUUGGUUUCUUAAACAAGUCUCGCACACAUCAAAAUGGCUUUCCAUCUGAGGUUUGCAAACAUUUCCUGUUUGGAUUUCCAUAUCACUGGGAGGAGUAUGCGGUUCAAUGUUUUGUUGGAGAAUCUACCAAAAGUGGUGUUUCAAAAAAACCUUCUGGUUGUGAAGAGUUCAACUUGCCUUCAACCAGUAGUGAAAAUAAUCUACUGCCUGCAUCUUUGGAUGAGCUCCCGGUGACUAGGGUUCGUGAUCUUUUAAUGUCCACUCUUGGAGAUUCUAAAACACUAACAAAUAGUAUUUUUAGUGAUAUAGUGGGAAGAGUAUCUAACCUUUCAAACAUGAAAGGUAAUAGCCCAACCACUGUGGAUACUGAAUUGGAUAGAACUCCAAGGAAUCAUAAAAAGGCCGAGGUUGAGAAGUUCGAAGAUGACAACAGCAUCUUGGAUGUGUCAGAUAUGAGAACUGAAGAAUGUAAGAAAAAUAUUUGUCAAUCUAGCGGGGUUAUGAAUGACUCUACCCCAAGUAGACGUGUUUCGACUAGAACCAUGACAAGGUUGAAGAAUUUAAAAAGCCAGCUGGAAUGGAAUCUUUCAUCAAGCACUUCCAAGAAGCAAAAGACUCGGGAGAAUUCUGAAAAACGCCUGUUGACAAAUAGUAGUAAUGAUGUACUGAGAAGAUCCAGUGGUAAUGAUUUCAAACAUGCUAGAAAAGACAUGAAAACUAAUGGUCCAAUAAAGACUAUGGAUUCUGAUUUGGAUAAAUUUAUUAAACAUAAGAUGGCAAAGGUUGAGCAGAAGCGCACAGAUAACUGUGUAUCCAUGGAUACCAUGGAUAUUAGAAAAGAAGAAUGUCAGAAAUAUUUUUGUCGAUCAGAAGUGGGUAUGCAUGCCCUUUCCCCAGAUAGGGGUGUUGCCACAAGAAGCAUGGCUAGAUUGAAGAAUGUCAAAAACAACCCAUGAGAAUAUCUCUCAUCAAACUCUUAGUGAUCUCUUUUUCUUCAUCAGAGGCCAUUGAAGACCAAUAUGGAGGGAUGGUAACUAAAGAAAGUGCUUCAACAAGAGUAAUACAGCCAUGCCAUCUGGAUGGGAAUGUGAACUUUAGGAAAACCCUGAAAGAUCUGCAAUCAGAAGAUCAAGGAAUAAGCUGAAGAAACAAAAGAUAUGAUCUGUCAGAUGCACAUGUACAAGUACAACCAUGAACUAGAAAAUGAAAUGAACGAGUAUUGACACAUUUGGGUCCUGGAAAGAUUGCUGUAAAUAUUGAAAUGACCUGCAAAAAACUGAACAGCUUCAAUCUCUUUAAUGAAAGAAAUGACUAUUGAUGCA